GGCGGCUGCUGAACGGCGGAGUGGCGUGGACCUCAUGUAGAAAUGACAACAAUGGAAGGGGCCAGCGGGUCGAGUUUUGGAAUAGAUACGAUUUUAUCCAGUGCCAGUUCGGGCAGUCCCGGCAUGAUGAAUGGAGAUUUCCGCCCGCUCGGUGAGGCCAGGACUGCGGAUUUUAGGAGUCAGGCUACCCCGUCCCCCUGUUCGGAGAUUGAUACCGUAGGAACGGCGCCUUCUUCUCCGAUCUCCGUCACCAUGGAGCCCCCGGAGCCGCAUCUAGUAGCAGACGGGCCUCAGCAUCACCACCACCUUCACCAUAGCCAACAGCCUCCGCCUCCAGCAGCGGCCCCGACGCAAAGUUUGCAGCCUUCGCCCCAACAGCAGCCGCCGCCGCCGCCGCCACCGCCGCAACAGCCACAGUCCGCGCAGCAGCUGGGCUCGGCCGCCUCGGCCCCCAGGACUUCCACCUCUUCUUUUUUAAUUAAGGACAUCUUGGGCGACAGCAAACCUCUGGCGGCGUGUGCACCCUACAGCACCAGCGUCUCCUCUCCCCACCACACCCCGAAGCAGGAGAGCAAUGUAGUGCACGAGAGCUUCAGGCCAAAGCUCGAGCAGGAGGACAGCAAAACCAAACUCGACAAGCGGGAAGAUUCCCAGAGCGACAUCAAAUGCCACGGAACAAAGGAGGAAGGAGACCGAGAGAUUACAAGUAGUCGAGAGAGUCCGCCCGUGAGAGCAAAGAAGCCUCGAAAAGCCAGGACAGCUUUCUCCGACCAUCAGCUCAAUCAACUUGAGCGUAGUUUUGAGCGGCAGAAGUACCUGAGUGUGCAAGACCGCAUGGACCUGGCUGCUGCGCUCAACCUCACUGACACCCAAGUCAAGACCUGGUACCAGAACCGCAGGACCAAGUGGAAACGGCAGACGGCGGUGGGCCUGGAGCUUCUGGCCGAGGCGGGGAACUACUCAGCACUGCAGAGGAUGUUCCCGUCGCCUUAUUUCUAUCACCCAAGCCUGCUGGGCAGCAUGGACAGCACUACGGCGGCGGCCGCCGCCGCUGCCAUGUACAAUAGCAUGUACCGGACUCCCCCGGCACCCCAUCCCCAGCUACAGCGGCCCCUGGUGCCCAGAGUGCUCAUCCACGGUCUGGGGCCCGGCGGACAGCCCGCCCUCAAUCCCCUGUCCAGCCCCAUCCCAGGCACCCCGCACCCCCGGUGAAGAACCGGCCGAGCAAAGGUGUUGCAAUCCCACCCCAAACCCCCCAACCCGGACAGCUGCCUCUCCUCUCCCAGCACUAGGCCACCAGGCCUCCCCGGCAGCGGACCCUGGGAGGCUGAGGAGAAAGAGAGGAAGAGAAGAGGCUCACCAGUGGGCGGGGGACCCUCAAAGAGGAGCCAGCCCUCUGCUCUGCGUCCUCACCCCCUGAGAUAGGGUUGGAAAGCUCCCCUACAGCAGUGUGACCGGUGAACGCUGAACCCACACAAAGUGCGACCAGUAAGUGAAAACAUCGACACAAACAAAACCUCAAGUUCUUUAAAAAAACUGACUUUUGGGACAAGGAGGAGGGAGGGAGGGGGGAGGGCGAAGGAGGGAAGAAAGAAAGGCACGGAGCAGAGCGGAAACCGCGCAGGCAGAGAGAAUUGGUGACGGACAGAUAGCCUCAAGUUCCAGGCAGAGGGCGAUGCCGUGGACAUUCCGUCUGCCCCAGAAAAAAGAGGAGGGUGACUGAGAACUUUGCACUGAUUUCUCAUGACCUUUUUUCUUUCGGAAAAGUGGCAUGCUUCAUAAUAUGAAAAAAAUGUACAUUUGAAAGACUGAGUGAUAAGUGAUAUAUCAUAUUUAUUAUAUGUUGUCCAAAAAAGAGUCACUUAUAUACGUUAGUAAAAACAUGAUUUUUCUUUUCAUGUCUUUUUGAUUCAGUAAAAUAAAUGCUUAGACAAAAAUAUAGAUUUUUUUGUGAUUGAAAAUUACAAAAAUAAAGUUUAUCUUUUUUUAACAA